CCGGGCUACGUCGAGCCAAUUCCGGCCGCGCCGGAAAUCUCUGCUGAGUAAAUGAGGAGGGAUUUACGCCGUUUGAAACUCCGGAUCUGCCUUGUGUUCCAUAGUGUGGGAAGAAAUAUUGGGCGAGGGUUUAUUCGUGAGUGACAAGAUCCGGGGUAGUGAUAAACAGGAUUUAAGACAUGGAUAGUCGCUUACAGGAGAUCCGGGAGCGACAGAAGUUACGGCGACAGCUCCUUGCUCAGCAGUUGGGAGCUGAAAGUGCUGACAGCAUCGGAGCUGUGUUAAAUAGCAAAGAGGAGCAGAGAGAAAUUGCUGAAACAAGGGAAACUUGUAGGGCUUCCUAUGAUACUGCUGCUCCAAAUGCAAAACGUAAGUGCUUGGAUGAAGGAGAGCCAGAUGAAGACAAAGUGGAAGAAUAUAAGGAUGAACUAGAAAUGCAACAGGAAGAAGAAAAUUUGCCAUAUGAAGAAGAAAUUUACAAAGAUUCUAGUACUUUUCUUAAGGGAACACAGAGUUUAAAUCCUCAUAAUGAUUACUGCCAACAUUUUGUAGACACUGGACAUAGACCUCAGAAUUUCAUCAGGGAUGUAGGUUUAGCUGACAGAUUUGAAGAAUACCCAAAACUGAGGGAACUCAUUAGGCUAAAGGAUGAAUUAAUAGCUAAAUCUAACACUCCUCCUAUGUACUUACAAGCAGAUAUAGAAGCUUUUGAUAUCAGAGAACUAACACCCAAAUUUGAUGUGAUUCUUUUGGAACCUCCUUUAGAAGAAUAUUACAGAGAGACUGGCAUCACUGCUAAUGAAAAAUGCUGGACUUGGGAUGAUAUAAUGAAGUUAGAAAUCGAUGAGAUUGCAGCACCCCGAUCAUUUAUUUUUCUGUGGUGUGGUUCUGGGGAGGGACUGGACCUUGGAAGAGUGUGUUUACGAAAAUGGGGAUACAGAAGAUGUGAAGAUAUUUGUUGGAUUAAAACCAAUAAAAACAACCCUGGGAAAACUAAGACUUUAGAUCCAAAGGCUGUUUUCCAGAGAACAAAGGAACAUUGCCUUAUGGGGAUCAAAGGAACUGUGAAGCGUAGCACAGAUGGGGACUUUAUUCAUGCUAAUGUUGACAUUGACUUAAUUAUCACAGAAGAACCUGAAAUUGGAAAUAUAGAAAAACCUGUAGAAAUUUUUCAUAUAAUCGAGCAUUUUUGUCUUGGUAGACGACGUCUUCAUCUAUUUGGAAGAGAUAGUACAAUUCGACCAGGCUGGCUUACAGUUGGACCAACGCUAACAAACAGCAACUACAAUGCGGAAACAUAUGCAUCUUAUUUCAGUGCCCCAAAUUCCUACCUGACUGGAUGUACAGAGGAAAUUGAGAGACUUCGACCCAAGUCGCCCCCACCCAAAUCUAAAUCUGAUCGUGGCGGUGGAGCUCCCAGGGGUGGAGGGAGAGGGGGAACUUCUGCUGGCCGGGGUCGAGAAAGAAAUCGAUCCAACUUCCGAGGAGAAAGAGGUGGCUUUAGAGGGGGCCGUGGAGGAACACACAGAGGUGGCUUUCCACCUCGAUGACUGUGAGACACUGAUGCUCCUAAUGCACCUCUGACCUUUUUUUUUUUAUUGUGGGAGCCUUCAUUCUAGCUUGCGCUUUGCUAGUUUCUCUAAGCUACCAGGAGUAUCUUUGCCCCUUCUCUUGCAGUUGUCACACACAUAGUGUCUGGUUUGUUACAGGAUCAGUGAUAGAUCCUGCCUUUUGUUAUGUGUAUCUACUCAACCAGAAUGGAACAACACAAGUAGCUUCACCUUCAGGGACUGAAUUUAUUCUAAUUCCAACUAAUUGCAAAGGCUUUUGCUGUGUAGAAAUAGUUGGACAAUGCACAUGACUGGAUCUGUGAUGAUACCACACGUGCUGACAGAAGUUGAUAAGGCAUAUCCUGCCACUGCUGCCACAGCAAAGGGGAAGCUGUUUGGGAGCCUUGGUAGAAUGGAGUUGGGACAGAUGGUCAGCUUCUAGCAGGGCUUUUACCAGUUGCUUGUUAAAAUGAUAAAAACAAGUAGAUUUCAUUUAUUUUUUCCUUUAAAAAUUUUUUAAAAAUCCAAAUAUAAUUUGAAUACUGAAGAAAUGGAGAGAUUUUGAAUAAAAUCCCCUCUUCCAGUGAUUCAUCUGAGAUAUUAAUCUGGAGCUCCCAGGGAUGGUUAGGAAAGGGGUAAGACUUAGCAGGCCAAUUCAGGAAAACAAAUCAUAAUUUUAAUUGUGUAGCUAAGAUGACUCUUAAUUGUGCUUCUCGAGAAGCAAAUGACAAAUUUCCAAGUUCGAGGUUUCUGGUAUAGAUCUGAACUUGACUGACCUUCAGUGCAGUCUCAUAUUCCCCCAACAAAAUAAAUUAGUACUAAUGGAAGUACUAAUAGAGACACUUGGUUAUCAGGGGUUUGGCUUAACCAUUUUGGGAAAUAAGUACUUGGUGAUGAGGAAUGGCAUACAUCUUUAACCUUGAUAAAUUUCACAUAAAAGCAAUUAUAGAAAACCCUCAAAGACUAUAACUUGGAAGUUGGAAGUGCAGUUCCCUUUUAUUAAAACCAUACAGAGUGAUACUUGUUUUCAAGAGGCUUAUGGUGCAGAAGUUAGUUGUAUAUAACUUCAUGCUGUUAUUUCUCCUUUACUGUAACUCAUGUUUAAAUGAUUUUGAUGAAAUCAGACCAUUAUUAAUAAAUGCUUAUUUUGUUACAGUUUUUCUAAUGAAACUUUAAACCUUUGAAAUUUGA